GCAGUGCGGGAGAGAGACGGCACGGCAGAUUCACGCGAGCGAAGGCCAGGCCUCUCCCCCCCUUCCUCCGUUCGGUUUCCCACGAGAUCCGACUGCCGACUACUCGUAGGCCAGGCGGCGGCGCCGGCGCGCGAGAAGGGGGAGCGGAAAUGGGGUGGGGCGUGGUGGUCUACGAGGGCACGGUGGUGGGGUCGUCGCUGGUGGGGCUGGGGUGGGCGGGGCUGUGGUUCCUCAACCGGCGGCUGUACAAGGAGUACGAGGAGCGGCGGGCGCUGGUGCAGAUCCUCUUCGGCCUCGUCUUCGCCUUCUCCUGCAACCUCUUCCAGCUCGUCCUCUUCGAGAUCCUCCCCGUCCUCUCCAAGCACGCGCGCUUCCUCAACUGGCACCUCGACCUCUUCUGCCUCAUCCUCCUCCUCGUCUUCGUCCUGCCCUACUACCACUGCUACCUGCUGCUCCGCAACUCAGGGGUAAGAAGGCAGCGGGCAUUCCUUGUCGCGGCACUCUUCCUGAUGGUCUUCCUGUACGGGUUCUGGCGCAUGGGGAUUCAUUUCCCCAUGCCUUCUCCAGAGAAAGGUUUUUUUACGAUGCCGCAAUUGGUUAGUAGGAUUGGCGUGAUUGGAGUGAGUGUCAUGGCUGUUCUUUCUGGUUUUGGUGCUGUCAAUCUGCCCUACAGCUACCUGUCGCUCUUUAUCAGGGAAAUCGACGAAACGGACAUUAAAGCUUUGGAACGGCAACUGAUGCAGUCCAUGGAGACAUGUAUUGCUAAGAAAAAGAAAAUUGUUCUGUCCAAAAUGGAGAUGGAGAGGAUCCAGGGAUCAGAGGAGAAGCUUAAAGCCAGAUCAUUUCUAAAGCGUAUAGUUGGAACAGUUGUUCGAUCUGUACAAGAAGAUCAAACUGAGCAGGACAUAAAAAACUUGGAAGCAGAGGUCCAGGCAUUAGAAGAGCUUUCCAAACAGCUAUUCCUUGAGAUAUAUGAACUCCGUCAAGCUAAGAUAGCUGCUGCAUAUUCUCGAACUUGGAGAGGACAUUUUCAGAAUCUUCUGGGAUAUGCCUUGUCAGUAUAUUGUGUUUACAAGAUGCUCAAGGCCUUGCAGAGUGUAGUCUUUAAAUCGGCUGGCUCUGUUGAUCCGGUGACUAUGACGAUUACCAUUUUUUUGAGGCAUUUUGAUAUCGGUAUCGAUGUCUCACUUUUAUCACAGUACAUAUCUUUGAUGUUCAUCGGGAUGUUGGUUGUCGUAUCUAUUCGAGGUUUCUUGGCAAAUGUUAUGAAGUUCUUCUUUGCCGUUUCUAGAGUUGGGAGCGGCUCAACAACAAAUGUAGUCCUUUUCUUAUCUGAGAUUAUGGGCAUGUACUUCAUAUCAUCUAUUCUUCUGAUAAGGAAAAGUCUAGCAAAUGAGUACAGGGUGAUUAUCACAGAGGUUUUGGGUGGUGAUAUUCAGUUUGACUUCUACCACCGGUGGUUUGAUGCUAUAUUUGUGGCGAGUGCAUUCCUGUCGUUGCUUUUGAUUUCAGCCCAAUACACUUCCCGGCAAGCAGACAAGCAUCCAAUUGACUGAGGCAUCUUGUCCCACUUGUGCAUAGUGUUCGUUUUAACCAUUAUUUGGCUAAGGUUGACCCAUUUUUUCUAUCAUGGUUCCCCAAGGGGUUGUUUCUUGGGAGACCUCCACAGUCCAGACACAGUUACAGAACAUAACAUACUAUCAGUUAACUCAACAAAGGCGUCUCUUUGCUUUAAAGUAUGGAUGCAAGUUGGCAUCUAAUCAUGAUUAUGGCUGUGUGCAUAGAUGAUGCAUAGGCCGGGGGGCUUCCCUCCUUUUUGAAAAAAAAAAUCUAAUCAUGAUUAACAGUUCCUCCAUAUCCAAGACAUCAGUGCUGGCCCUGCAGCUGUCAGGAAAGUUUUGCGUGGUGAUGCUGCAAUGGGUAUAUUGUGAAGACAAGUGAGGAAGCCGCCUCCUAGGAAUGGAGUGUGAUGGUGUAAAAUAGCUUUGGAAUAGUGUGUUAGCAUGCAGUUGAUGUACCCUCCACGAUUCUUUUGGCCACCGUCUGAUGCCCGCCACAACUUUCUAGUAGAAAAUUUUGAUUAUUAUGGUCAUUUGAUCGUUAUUUUCUCUUGGGAUUAUGUGCCACUGCAGGAUCCACUGUAUGGUUGUAUGUACUUGUAAAGUGAAGUCUAAAGAGAAAAAUGUAUUCUGAUUAUAACCUCUUGCUUCUCU